AUAGGUGAUUCGAAUGCCAUUUCUGUGUGUGAUCACAUUGUUUCCCUCUAUCGUCUUCUCCCUCCUUGUUCAAUGGUCUUAGGGUUUCCGGUGUCCAUGCGUAGAAGCUAGCAAUAAUGCGUUUUUGAAACCCGUAUUCAUCUGUAUCCAACGAUUUACUAGAAGGAGAUCGCAAUUUCUCCAUCUUCUCGUUUCGGUGGCUCGUGAAAUCGAAAGUUAUCGAAACUUUCGCGCGACACGAAGUAUUGGGAACCAAGCAAAAUUUCUAUGGCUGACGAACCACUAUAUCCAAUAGCAGUGCUUAUAGAUGAGUUGAAAAAUGAUGACAUCCAGCUGCGGUUAAACUCAAUUCGCAGGCUAUCAACAAUUGCGCGUGCUCUUGGGGAGGAGCGAACCCGUCGAGAAUUAAUUCCAUUUUUGAGUGAAAAUAAUGACGAUGAUGAUGAAGUACUUCUUGCAAUGGCAGAAGAGUUGGGAGUGUUCAUUCCUUAUGUUGGGGGAGUGGAACAUGCUAGUGUGUUGCUGCCACCGCUGGAGACACUUUGCACUGUUGAGGAAACCUGUGUGAGAGAUAAAGCUGCGGAGUCACUUUGUAGAAUUGGAUCUCAAAUGAGGGAGAGUGAUUUGGUUGAAUAUUACAUCCCGUUGGUGAAGAGAUUGGCAGCAGGUGAAUGGUUUACUGCUCGAGUCUCUGCAUGUGGACUAUUUCAUAUUGCAUACCCUAGCGCACCAGAAACAUCAAAGACAGAGUUGAGAUCAAUAUACAGUCAGUUAUGUCAGGAUGACAUGCCUAUGGUUAGAAGGUCGGCUGCAUCAAAUCUUGGGAAAUUUGCUGCAACUGUUGAAUAUGCUCAUUUGAAGGCUGAUCUCAUGUCAAUUUUUGAUGAUCUUACUCAAGAUGAUCAAGAUUCUGUCAGAUUGUUGGCUGUGGAGGGCUGUGCUGCUCUUGGCAAGCUGUUGGAGCCACAAGAUUGUGUUGCACAUAUACUCCCGGUUAUUGUUAACUUCUCCCAGGAUAAGUCUUGGCGCGUGCGUUACAUGGUUGCAAAUCAAUUGUAUGAGCUUUGUGAAGCUGUAGGCCCUGAACCUACCAGAACGGAAUUGGUACCUGCUUAUGUGCGGUUGCUUCGAGAUAAUGAGGCUGAAGUGCGCAUAGCAGCUGCUGGAAAAGUGACCAAGUUUUGCCGGAUUUUAAAUCCAGAUCUUUCAAUUCAGCAUAUUCUUUCUUGUGUGAAGGAAUUGUCAUCAGAUUCUUCUCAGCAUGUCCGGUCUGCUUUGGCUUCAGUAAUAAUGGGAAUGGCUCCAGUGUUGGGAAAGGAAGCAACAAUUGAGCAGCUUCUUCCUAUUUUCCUUUCCCUUUUGAAGGAUGAAUUUCCCGACGUGCGCCUAAACAUUAUCAGCAAGCUUGAUCAAGUGAAUCAGGUUAUAGGAAUUGAUCUGUUAUCUCAGUCUUUGUUACCAGCCAUUGUUGAGCUUGCUGAGGAUAGGCAUUGGAGGGUCCGGCUUGCAAUUAUAGAAUAUAUACCCUUAUUGGCAAGUCAAUUGGGGGUUAGUUUUUUCGAUGACAAGCUUGGUGCUCUUUGCAUGCAGUGGUUACAGGAUAAGGUUCAUUCAAUUCGUGAAGCAGCUGCUAACAACUUGAAACGCCUUGCUGAAGAAUUUGGUCCUGAGUGGGCUAUGCAGCACAUAAUUCCUCAGGUUUUGGAGAUGAACAACAACCCACACUAUUUGUAUCGGAUGACUAUUCUUCGUGCUAUCUCUCUGCUUGCUCCUGUGAUGGGCCCUGAAAUCACUUGUUCAAACUUGUUACCAGUUGUUGUUGCUGCAUCAAAAGACAGAGUGCCCAACAUAAAGUUCAAUGUGGCAAAGGUAUUAGAGUCCAUCUUCCCCAUCGUUGAUCAGUCUGUGGUGGAGAAGACUAUUCGUCCAUGUCUGGUUGAGCUCAGUGAGGAUCCCGAUGUUGACGUGCGAUUUUUCUCCAACCAAGCACUGCAGGCAAUUGAUCAUGUCAUGAUGUCUAGCUAGGCAGAAAUGGUUCCACACGCAAUUAAUUAGGUUGAAGACGUCGGAAGAGAUGCUAAUAUUUCCAACUACCAUAAAUAAUACUGCAUAUUUAUGUUUAGUGCUUUUCAAUUAUAGCUGAAUGGUUAUUUAUUUGUGAGUAACUACUAGUCAUUGACCAUUGAUGUGAUUUAGUUCCCAUUAUAUGCUAAUUUCCGUAUAUUAUGUGUUUUUUCUUGAUUGUAGUUUUCGUAGAUUCUUCGUUCCUUGUUGUAAUGUUCUUCUAGGCAAUGAAUUGCAUAUUUCAAACAUUAUCCAAAACACCAAAGUGUCACAAUA